UUUCUGCGUGCUCUCUGAAAAUGAGCUGCAGGUCACAUGACUGCAGAGAGGCUCCGCCUCCCGACCCCUCCUCCUAACCAGUCUCUGUCUCAGCAGCAGCUGCACUCGCGCUACGUCCUGCAGCUGCUCCUGGAGACCUGGAAGCUGCUGCGCAUGCUGCCCAACAUCAACCGCAUCUCCACCUGCCACAGCAAGGAGAUCACCAUCUGCGGAGACUUGCAUGGACAGUUGGAGGACCUCCUGCUGAUUUUCUACAAGAACGGGAUGCCCUCCCUGGAAAAGCCUUACGUGUUUAACGGAGACUUUGUGGAUCGAGGAAAAGACUCCAUCGAGAUCCUCCUCAUCCUCUUCUCCUUCCUCCUCAUUUAUCCCUGUGACGUCUACCUCAACAGAGGGAACCACGAGGACCACAUCAUCAACCUGAGAUACGGCUUCACCAAGGAGGUUUUGACCAAAUACCGGGUUCACGGAAAACGGAUCCUCAAACUGCUGCAGAAGAUCUUCAGCUGGUUGCCGUUGGCAACGGUGAUCGACCAAAAGGUGCUGGUCCUCCAUGGAGGCAUCUCCGACACCACUGACCUCGCCGUCCUGGCCAAACUGGACCGGCACAUUUACGUCUCCGCCCUGAGGCCUCCAAAGAAGAGGAACCAGAGCCUGUCCGGGAUCUCCAUCGACAUGGACAUCGAGGACGAGGGCUGGGGCACCAGCAGGGUCUUCCAGCGCCGGGCUUCGCUCACUUAUUCCAAAUCUCUGGGGACCCGGAGCUGUUUCCAGAACCGCUCGCUGCAGGACUUUUCCGGACGCAUCAAAAUGAACAUGGAGAACGAGCUGGAGAUCAGGAGGAAACAGUCGGUGUUCCUGUCGGACAUCGGCAAACCAGACAAAGAAACUCUCACCGUUUCUACAGACUCGGUCAGCAGCGACAACUCCAAGGAGGAGUGGAGACAGAUCCUGGAUCUGCUGUGGAGCGACCCCAUGAUCCAGAACGGCUGCAAACCCAACGAGGUGCGGGGCGGGGGCUGCUACUGGGGGCCCGACAUCACCGAGGACUUCCUAAACAAACACAACCUGCAGCUCCUCAUCCGCUCCCACGAGUGCAAGCAGGAGGGCUACGAGUUCUGCCACAACCGGAAGGUCCUCACUCUGUUCUCUGCCUCCAACUACUACGACGUGGGGAGCAACAGGGGGGCCUACGUGAAGCUGGGUCCAGACCUGGAGCCUUAUGUGAUUCAGUACCAGGCCAGCAGCAUGACCAGAGAGCUCACCGCCAAGCAGAGCAUCGGACGCACGGAGCGCUCGGCCCUCAAAGUCCUGCGGGAGCAGCUGUUUGCACACAAGUCCGACCUCCUCUAUGCCUUCAGGAAGUUCGACACUGAGAACGCAGGGCUGGUGUCCCUCAGCGACUGGGCGUCCGCCGUGGAGAGCGUCAUGCACCUCAACCUGCCCUGGAGGAUGCUCCGCUGCCAGCUGGUCACCUGCAAGGGCAGCGAAGGCAUGAUCGACUACAACGCCUGGUUCGACGAGCUCGCCAUCAAGGGCGCAAACGCAGACCACAUUGAACAGACUCUGCUGGAAAUGCUGUACCGCCAUCGCUCCACGCUGGAGACCAUCUUCAGGAUCGUGGACACCGAUAACUCAGGCUUCAUCUCCAUGGAGGACUUCCGGCAGACCUGGAAGCUGCUGAGCGUCUACCUGAAGAUGGAGAUCACGGAUGAUGCCAUCUCCGACCUGGCGGUCACCAUCGACAGCAACCACGACGGCAGCAUCGACAUCGACGAGUUCAUGGAGGCCUUCCGGCUCACGGACAAGAAGAGCCGCCUGGAGAGGGGGCGGAGCAUGUUCAUGGGCACGGCCACCGACCUCACCAAGCUGGACGCAGAUCCCAACGUCUGAGGGGAGGAGCGGGAGCGCCGCGGUCAUCGUGACGCAAACGGAGGCGCAGGACGCUGCACGGAUCACAAAGGAUUAUGGGAACGGGUCUGUCCACACAGGAAGUCUGGAGGAAAAACACUUGAAUGACUUUUUUAUUUAGAGGAGAGAAAACCAUCUGACAUGAUUUAAAAGAUGUUUUUGCACCAGAAAUGCCACAAAUGUAUGAAAACCUGCAGAAAUUUUCACAUCUGCAAAAUAUUUAAUUCAAGAUCUCAAAUGUAUUUUAAUCAUCAAAUAUCAAGAAUUAGUAUAUAACUGUUUAAUGUAACCAGAACUCCAUCAGAGGCUGCAAUGCACAAAAUAAAACAACGUAUUUCAGUAUAACAACAUAAAUUUAUGCUUAUUUUUACUUUAAGACAAAACUAACAAUUUAUAUCAUCACAAGAAAGUAGAAUUAGGAAGUGUUUAACAAAAAAUGUCAUUUUUUAAACCUCAAAUGUGUUUUUUUAUUUUAUUUUAAUGUUUCAAUUAUUUAAAAAAAACAAUUUUUUGUUCAUUUUUUCAGCCUUCAGUUUGAGAGCAGAUGUAGUUCCUCUGUUUGGCCACUAAAUGUCACUGUUUCUCCACAUAGAAUUUACAUUACAAAAGAAUGAUGAAAAAAACAAUUCCCUAAAUCCUCAUUCCCAUUUAGGAGAAACUAACAGCAAAAAAUAUUUUUAGUUUUUUAAAAAUCUUCAGGUUCCUCUAAAAAAAAAGCUUCAUGAUCAUGAAAAGCUGUCAGCUGAACCGCACACACAGAUCGGUCCGUUUUCUUCCAGAAAACGACCAAACCGGACACAUUAUGGAAAAGGAUUUUUAUUUACUGAAACCAGAGUUUUUGGUGCCUUUGCUGUCAGAUCAUAGUUGAGUUUGGAGCGCUCUGAUGGUGAUUGUGGCGCCGCCGAGAGGUUCUGAAGAAGUUCUGUUUCAAAUCAAGAACUCCUUUUAUUUUUAGUUUGUGAGUCAAUAAAUUAUAUAUUUUCAGUUUAGAUUUGGAUUUUUUAAAAAACCUUAAAAGUUUCAUAAAAGCUGCUGUUGUUUAGUCUGUGCUUAUUCAAGUAAAGUUGUUGGCCGAAGAAAA